GAUCCUGAAUACUGUCUAACCGAUGCCAUGCUUCGAAUGGAUGAUGUUCUCUGUUCCACCAAUUACGAGAUCGAUUUGCAUGCGAACCCCGUGCCCCGUUCCUCAUCACUUCCGGAAGAUCCAACCCUCGCGCGGGAAUUGCUUCGUGUCGCUUUGAGUGGUGCCGUCGGAAUUACUGGACGCAUAUUCUGGGAGAACACGAAUCACGAUAGUCCUGUUCAGCUGCAUAUGGCCAAUGUGGGUGACUGUGGUGCCGUGCUGUUGCGUUUGGUUGAUCCACUCAGCGAACAUUCCGAUUCCCCCUUGUUGGAGGCCAUCCCAUGCACCAGACCGCAUCAAGGCGCGUGCAAUUCGGACGAGAUAAAUCGGGUUCUUAGUGAGCAUCCAGACAACACUCCGUCAGAGCUGUUCCGUGAAGGUGGGCGGCUGCUGGGCGAAUUGGCUAUGUGUCGGUCUUUUGGGAAUGUGCGUUACAAGUGGCCAGCCAAACGGGUCCUCGAGCUGUCUAAAGUGCUCGACCGACUCUCCUCCUCAUCCGCAGACAGUGGAAAAGGAACUACUACCAGCCCCAUAGCUGUCAGUGGUAUGCGAACACGAGGUGCCAAUCUCUUCCCAAUGCCCACACCCUACACUAGUCCUCCUUAUCUGACUGCCAAACCUGAAGUCACACGGUUUGAGUCAUGUGAUCAGCGAUGUAUAAUUGUUCCAAAUCCCGAGUUCCAUUAUCCAAUCACAUUGAAGAAAGCCCACGUCAACGGAGUCACACAAACACACAUUGAUAAAUAUGUCCACUAUCGGACUAAUUUUGUAGAACAAAUUUCCGUGUUCCGAUUUGGCGUAUGCUUCAAAUAUUUAUUUAACACCGGAUUACGGACGAGCCUGGUGCCCACGACACAACAAUAA